UUUCCAAACAUUACCUUAACCUCAAACUGCAACAAAUAAAAUAAGCUACUUGUGAAAACCUCCGUUUUGAUUUAUUUUUGGUCUUUCUUUGUGAACUGAAAUGUCGAAUCAAAGUUGGACGGAUUCCCUACAAGUAUGUACAAAUACUGGAGUCGGUUUUUCCUUAAAUCAAGUUUAUAGAGAAGAUGGAAAUCAUCAAGAAGAACACUAUUAUGAAGAUUGUAAAUGCUCACACCAAUUCAGCCCGAAUUGUUUCUAUUAUGCUAUAUUCGACGGACAUGGGGGUAGUAAAAUCGCCAAAUUUUGUUCAGAGAAACUAACCGCUGAGUUGUAUUUUGCUCAAAUCAAAGACGAUUCCACAGACGAUGUAGUCCAGAAGAUUUUAAGAGAGGUUUUCUUUUUGGUUGAAACAGAAUACAUGGAAUCCGUUGGUUCACUUUCAGCCGAAAGGACAAUUCUUAUGGAAGAUAUAAAAGGACUCACAGCUGCUGAAACGAGCAGAAGAUUUCCGGAUGUUGUGGAAAAACUGAGACACAUCAAUAGUGAACUCUCCUCGGGAACAGCAUGUGCUGUGGGUUUAAUACUUAACAAUAAACUUUAUGUUGCAAAUGUGGGAGACUGUCGAGUUCUCCUCUGUCAAACUGAUGAAAAUGACGUUAUGAAAGUUGUAGAAUUAAGUGUUGAACAUAAUCUCAAAAACCAUGAUGAAUUGUUGAGAUUAUCACAGUUGGGCCUGGAUGUGAAUCUUUUGAAAAAUGCUUCUUCCUUGGGUAAUCAAUCGGAUACAAGAUGCUUGGGUAAUUAUUUGGUGAAAGGAUGCUAUAAAGAAUUCAAAGAUUUAGCUCCUGCUGUGCAAGAACCAAUAACAGCAGAACCUGAUAUAAAUGGAGGUAUUCCAUUGGAUGAAUCAUGCAAAUUUCUACUCAUGAUGACUUCAGGUUUACUUAAAACAGUGGAAGAAGUUGUGACAGCUGAUCAAGUUAAUAAAUAUAUUGCCCAGUGUGUUGUUGAACAGUUCAGAGAACAAACAACGUUGGAUAGAGUAGCACAAGGAGUAAUUGAUAAAAUUGUCCGUCUUCACCAUGACCGUCAUAUGUCCGACCCAGCCAGAAUAAAGAACCGGGAAGAUAACACUCUCAUGGUUCGAAAUUUAAAUUUUCCACUUCACAGCAACACGAAUUACUCCACCUAUGAUUCUGUGAGUGUUUCACAAACACUGUUCAAUAGCAUGAACAACGUCAGUUCUACGAGUAGCUCGGGGCCUAUGGAUUGUCAACAAGUGAAUGGUUUGGGUCCCGAUCAGAAAAUAAAGGGUUAUGUGGACUUCAACGAUUUUUAUGUGUCUCUGGAGAAGGCGAAGAAAGAGGGAAGGUGUCCCGAAUGGAUGAAGAAUUUGUGAAAUAAGUAUGCAGAAUUAUAUUUUUGUUUUGAAAUAAUAGUUAUUUCCUCAUUCGAAUUUGGAAAAUCAUAUAAAGUUAGAUAGCCGAUUAAAAAAAUCCAUCCCAUUAAAAUGUGUCCGUAGAAUCACCUAUGUUUACGCUCAUGUCUAUGCCGUUCUCGGGCCAACUUCACGUCUCUUCGAAAGCACAAUCGGUCAUCAU